AGAGUGUCACGUGACCUCGCCUACACAGGAUGUCCACGCAGGGAGAGUAGCGACGUGUGGAGCACACGGUCAGGUCCUGGAGCGGGAUCCAGCAGGAAAGUUAAAGAAAAGGUUUAGGAGCGACAAUAUUUCAACACACAACUAUUGUUAGGCAAAACUGCACCUUCUGUCUCACGGGUGCUGGUAAAUUUUAGCAUUUAACUGUUGCAUUUUUUUUUCUUAAUCAAAGUAAAGGCACACAAACGUUAGUCUCGUUUGUCGCUGGUUUUGCUUUCCUUUAACGCUGAUGAUCCUGCAAGACGUCCGUGCCCACGCAUUGCCUCUCAUUCAUCUGGCAGAGGAGAGGAGCCUGUGUCCGAGGAUAACAAUGAAGCACUGUGUCCGACACAAUGCAGCAAGAUGCUACGAGGGGCGAUACUCUUUCUCACAAGAUCAGGGACGUUUUCCUCGAUUGCAGCGAGAGACCAUCUAAAAGAAUGAAGUUUUAGCCUCUGCAUGACAAGCUAUGACCAACGCUCACACUAGACUCUAGACGUCCCAUUACAAAGCCAGGACUUAAGAAUGAAGACCAAAUAUGCAGUCAUCUUCAUCUGUAUUGUUGCCCUGGUCAUCAUCGAAAAGGAAAGCAACAUCCUGUCAAGGGUAUCUGAUAAGCUGAUCCAGAGGCAGAGUCCACAGCAGACCACACAGGCUACACUGGACUACAGCAACCUAACACCAAAAGUCUCCUUGACUGUGCUCAAAAUGCUGCUCUCAAGACUAACUGGCACAAAGAGGAAUUAUCCAAAUGUCUUUGAUGGUUCAUGUAAUUACAGCUGCAGCGGCGGCUGUAAGCACAUAUUGCUCUUGGCCACCACACGAACAGGGUCCUCAUUUGUGGGGGAAUUUUUCAACCAGCAUGGGGAGAACAUGUUCUAUCUGUUUGAGCCUUUGUGGCAUGUUGAGCGCAUGUUGACAACAGCCACAGAGGCAAACAAUGGGACAGUGUUGGCAGGAAUCUACCGGGAUGUCCUCCAGCGGCUCUUCCUGUGUGAUUUCUCUCCUCUUGAGAAGUUCAUCUCUCCCCCACCUCAGGACCAUGUCACCCCGGCUCUUUUCCGCAGAGAGUCUAGUUUAUCACUCUGUGAAGAACCUGUCUGCACUCCUGUAAUCAAAGAUGUCUUUGAGAGGUAUCACUGUAAAACCCGUCGCUGUGGGCCGCUGAACCUGACUCUUGCAUCUGAAUCCUGCCUUUCCAAACAACACCAUGCCAUUAAAACUGUCCGUGUGCGCCAGCUGGACACAUUGCAGCCUUUGGUGGAGGACCCUCGCCUGGACGUGAGAGUGAUCCAACUAGUCCGAGAUCCACGGGCCAUCUUAGCAUCCCGCAUGGUGGCUUUCUCUUCAAAGUACCAGACGUGGAAAGCCUGGGCGCUGGACGGCCAGGUGCCUGAAGACGACGAGGAGGUGAAGAGACUCAAAGGAAACUGUGACAACAUUAGGAUGUCUGCGGAAGUGGGGCUGAGCCAACCUCGCUGGCUGAGGAGCCGCUACAUGUUGGUCCGUUAUGAGGAUAUUGCCCGCUACCCUAUGCAGAAGGCAGAGGAGAUGUACAGGUUCACAGGGAUACCAUUUAGUCCCCAGGCUAGGGAGUGGAUUCUGAGGAACACGCAGACCACACAGGAGGCUAGCGGGAUUUACUCCACCCAGAAGAACUCCUCAGAGCAGGCAGAGAAAUGGAGAUUUAGCAUUCCCUUUACACUGGCUCAGGUAGUGCAAAGAGUCUGUGGACCCACCAUGAAACUAUUUGGGUACAGGUUUGUGGAUGAUGAAAAGACCCUGAUCGAUAAGUCUGUCAGUUUGCUUGAGGAAAGAAUGUUUCACUAGUCUUGGCAAAUGUAGCUGUGAAUUUGCAAAACACAAUACACAAUGGUUUGGAGUCAGGAGAAGAUAUUAUUGCACAGACCAAAACUAGUUAGCAAAACAGCAUGCCAUACAAUACAAAGCCAUACAAUAUUAUUCCUACUCACCAAUGACGUGCUCCAUUGUAACAAGUUAGAGCCACUUGAUAAAGAGAAGUAGGCCUAUUUAUUUGCAUACUGUGUUUACUGAACAGCUUGGUACUAAGGUUUAUGAGUUUCAUUCAGAUGAAAUGAGCAUAGAUGUCAAGUUGAUGAGAGGUACUUUUGAUGGUUGAUUGUGAUGUUCAGUGAUUUAGUGAAAAUGUUGUGUAUACGUUUUGUUUGUGUGCGUCUGAAAAAGAGUGUCUCUCCAUAUGGUUUAUGAUGUUAGUGCUGAAAGAAUAAGGACGGUGACAUUAUGUUUUUGUUAUUGUUAAUAAAUCCAAAGAGACUAAAACUAACAAUGAAUUGCAUGUACCAAGGUUUUUGAAUCCAGAUCCCAGUUUAGCUUAUUUAUCUGUGUUCCUUGCUCAUGGAAUGAGGUAUAUGUAGGGACUGGGGAUGUACCUACUUGAGAUGUACCCAUAUACCUUCAGAGUUGUUCAAGCACUAGUAAAAAGACAUAAAUUAGUAAAACUGUUACACUGGGUGACAUGUUUCUUCAUUAUGACAGAUAUGGGUGCAGACAUUUAUCAGUAAACAUCUCCACAAGGCCAUCACUUUGACAGGGUACAUCACAAGUCUCAUAUCGUUCCUCGCUCUUCCAUCCUUGCUUGACCUGGAAGUCGUUCCUGUCAAGUAAGAAUGGAAGACAUUCCAAAACUCUUAUCUGCUCUGAGGAGCAAAGAGGCUGUCUGGAGGAGCCAUGAGUGAGGAUACAAGAGUACAUCCUCGGUGGAGAGCCUUUACGUCCGGACAAGCUGCUUUAAUGAAAAUCAGAUGGUGAUUGGACACUUCAGAUAAAGGAUGAGAGGAAACGAUGUCUCCCGUCUCUAAAAAUGUGCUUCCUCAGUUCCUCUCUCUUUUGAUUUGGUCCUUACCUCUUACGUGGGCGGAACAUGGAUACAUGGAAAAGACUAAAGUGAGGAAAAUAUGAAUGCAUAUAAUAGGGUUCGUCUCAAGUCUCUUAUUAGCACUUGCAUCAUAAGGCACGAGGAAAAAAUGCAAGGAAAAUAUGAGAAGCAGUUUAUAGAUCAACUACUGUGCCAAUAUUUUUUUGUAAUGAGGGAGCAUAAUGCUCACUUAUGUAAUUUUAAUAGUGCAGAUCUAUGGAAACUUAUGGCACAGAAAUUGGGUUCUCAAUGUAAAGACCUUACUGUUGGUAAAUGCAAUUCAAAGUUGGUUUUAGUCUCCUUAUGGGAUUUAACAGUAACUGGUCUUACUGCCUAGUUCAACCUUUUUUGUAUUGUAUAAACCUGCACUACACUAGGCAGCUGAUAGAAUCACUUUGGAUUAGACCUAGAUAUGCUUUGAUAAGGUUUUACAUAACUGACUCAGGUAAAGUGAAUUUGCAUUUUGUGGUCUUCAUGAGGAGUAUUCCUAUCUUCCCAACACUACACUGUGUGAAAAUGUAAUAUUGAUAUGUUUACCUAAAUGUCUUUUAAAGCAGAUGGCUAUAUAAUUCUCAUGAGAUUUUAUGAAAUGAGGUAACACUAAAGCGGAAAUAUACCUUACCUACAUGCCAGUGAGCCAUAUAUGAAAUAAUGUCUGUCUUAUUGCUGCCUCGCCUCUAAGUAAAAAGGCAAUUUAGAUGCCAUUUUACAAAAGCUGCUUCUCUGCUAAUAACUUGCUGCUUCUGUUGGCACGCCGCUCAGGAUCGUUAGGUGUAAAGCCACAGCCAUUCCAUUUAUGUCAGACAAGUAUGUUCAUGGCCACAUGAACAAAACUGUGAUGCAAGGAGUUUUUGCAUCACCUCCCAACUCAAAGUAAAAUCACCUGAAUUAUGAAGAGAGAUAUAUUCACCCACUGAAGUUAAAAUUGGACUGUUGUAUAAUAUGUUGAUGGUUUUGGUUACAGACAUUAUAUAAGAUGUAUGUAUGUAUGUAUGUAACUGUGUCAAAGUGGCCUAUCACUUUAAGUGCAACCAAGGUGCUGUUUCAUUAACUGUCACUCUUGAUGGUAUAUGAACGUAUCCACUGUGACUCUAGUUCAAUGACAGCAUUGUUCAGCUUGGCUGAGGCACUGCUGAAUCUGGCUUGCUACUCAUGGAAAGGAAUAUGUAUUAGAGGUACAUAUAGGAGUGCGCUUAUACUACUCUAGUGAUUUAAACAUAAAUAUGAAUACAUAACAGGUGGCAGGCCUUGAGUUGUGCAGAGCCAUAACCGAAUUUAAGCAGAAAGGAAUACUGUAAAAUACCAAGUGCAAAUGAAACCAUGGGUGUAGUCAGAGUAUGUACAGUUUACAACUAAUACUGAUGGCAUGAGUGGCAAUAAUAAAUUGGGAGCAAUAUCAUUUUGCAGUUAUUCCUCAACCAUAAAGUUAAACUGUAUGUUUCAAUGUAGAAAGUUGAUGAUGCAACCAUCUUAAAGACCUCAUGCUACUGUCAAGUUGAAUGAAGUUUUCAUGUUGAAAAAAGUAUCAAAACAUAAAUAGCAAAGCUGUUUUUAUGUCUUAAGUAUGAGUCAAGUUUCAUAUUUUGUCAAACAAAGUCUCAUCUCAAGUGUCAGUUCCUGAAGGCGUCCAAAUGUAGUGAUAACGCUUCAUCAACUAAGUGCUUCUUAGUUGCAAGUCUUUCAGGUUUCUGGAUGCUGACUAUUAAAAUGCCAUUGCAUUUAAAAAAGGUGCUUUCAAAGCAAUGUUAACAGAGUUUUGUAAUAAUAUAAUUUUUAAUAUGAUCACAUUGUAUCAUUGCAUGGGCCCAAUUAUGAUGAUCACAGCCUGUGAUUGAUUUAUUCAGGCACAACACUUCAUUAUUUUGCUUUCAAGUAAUGAGUCAAGUCAGAGUUUUAGUCAGUGUUAAGUACUCAUUUCAGUGACCUAAAUCUGACUUUAAUACAGCCGUUCUGUUGGAGUCUACAGAAACACUUUGCUGUCUGCCCAUACUCAGUGUUUUCAUUUCGCUAAAUUAAAUGUGUUGCUUUUGUGUCAUGCUAUUGCCUUUUUAAGCAUACAGUAUGAAAGUGGAGAAACUGAAUAUGCUGCAAGAGCAGUUUGAGAAAUGUCUUUAGAUGUUUUGAUGGUUUGGUGUGAGAACGUGUAACUUCAGGUUGCCAUUUUGACUGAGGUGACUGUGAUAAAUAAGUAAGUCUCAAACUCUCACUAAGGCAGAAGUUGUCAAAGUUAUGAGCUUCUUUAAUGACUUGCUGUUAGUGCUUUUCUUUUUACCAUCACAUUUUGGUUAUUUGUGCAGAAGAUUAUUUUCAAGCAUUUAUAAAUGUUUCAGUCAGAUGCAAAUCUUAUUUUGUUCUACUGAAAUGAUAAAUAAAUUGAUUCUUUUGUUGAAAAUGGUGCUUAGAAGCUAUAAAACCAUCAGUGUUUCUUUAACAUGUAAAUGCUGCUUCUGACAAAAUUAAAGUAAAAUGGACUUUUUAGCUGUUUGAGGGCCCAAAAUAGAUAAACAGUAGUUUUCCUUUUUACAUGUAACAUCAGACUGAAAUGCAGUUGAAAUGGUAAAUCUGCAAGUUUCCCAGCAGUAUGAAAGUCCCAUCAGCUGCCUGUGACAACUGUUUAGCAGAGGAACUAGAAGAGGGAGUUGCAGAGGAAGUGAUCUGGUACAAACUGAGUUUAUGGGUUCUUUAUUAUGUUAUAGCCUAACCU